AUAGAAUAUUAAACACUGAAAUGGAUCACAACACAUGACAAAAAUUCACUUAGCUGCGUCAUAUGAAAAUGUAAUCUAGACAUAUAGAACGGAUUAAAAGAUCGCCGAAUUGCCUUUAAUGAUUUGAUAAAAUUUGGAACAUCCACAAAUGGGUCUAUGGUGGGCAUCAAGAUCACUCUGUGAUCUCUUAUUUCAAAUUGUUUGUGUCAAUGAAAUCUAGGUCAAUUUCGAAACUGGAUCAUACUUGGUCACUAGUACAAAUCUUUCGAAACCAUUAUUAACACAUGUUUAGCAAUGUAAGUAUUUAUAAAUAGCUCUUGUUUAAACUUAUUCACAGGUAUAUGGAGAGAAAGAAAGAACAAGGGAUAAGCAUCCAAAGUUCAACACCUAGUACAAAGGCUAAACCUCAAACUAGGAACAUUAUUGAAACAAGAAGGGAGUACAAUAGACAAAAGAAAAGAAAAGAAAGACAGGAAAUGUCGUGGCAAAAAAAGAUGUGGAUUAGAAAGAAGGACAGAGAAAGAAAAAAGAUAAAUAGAAAAGAAGCAGCGAAACUAAAGGAAAUUUUAUCAACAUCAACAGGAAGUCCGUUUGCGUCUAAAAAAACAGAGUACAAUAUAACAUCAAAAGUAAGGAAAAGUAUACCUAAAUCACCAACAAAAUUUGCGAAAGUUGUGGAUAAUUUGCUGUCCAAAGCAUCACCAAGGAAAGUCGAAGCUCUAAAACAGCUGAAAAUUUCAAAGUCAACUACAAGUGUGCAAUAUGCCAGAAAGGUACUAGCUAUUAAACAGACUGAUGUUGAAAAGUUCGAAGGCUUCUUCUGUCAUUCAAGGCAACAAGCAGGCAUGCUUGAAGGAGUUCUUAAGAGACCAGUUCAAGCAAUUAGCUAUUUCCAACACAUUCACACAGCACAUUGGCAAAUUGCUCAGUUCAAUCAAAUCAAGAAUCAACUUCCCACUUGUGACAUUUUACAAGUCAUGGACUUUGCAAAGAAUAGAGAAAUCAAAUAUCAAGAUGAAAUCAAGGGAGCAUUCUAUACAGCUGGCCAAAUUACAAUGCACCCAAUCAUCACAUUUUACAAGGCAGACACUGGUUUAGUAAGAAAUUCAAGUAUAGUGAUCUCAGAGGAUAACGGCCAUGAUUAUUAUGCAGUUCAGCAUUUUCAGGAGAUAGUUGAUAUUGAACUUGAAGAGAAACUUGGAGGCUGCAAACCAAACAGGAAAGUCAUCUUUAGCGAUGGAUGUAGCUGUCAGUAUAAGUCCAAGGGACCGUUUGCUGAAUUGGCAGAUUCAAGUGAUGUUAUCAAUCGAAAUUACUAUGGUUCUGAACACGGAAAAAGUGAAUGUGACGCUGAAACCGGUGUUGUGAAUCGGUGUAUUGACAGAGCUAUUGUAGCUAAUCAGACGGUUAUAAAUGAUGCAGAAGAUCUGUACCAAUACUGUAAGAAAAAUUUAGAAUCAGACUCGCCGUUUUCAAAAAGAACAUUUCAUUUAGUGAAAUUAGGGGAAAUAGACAGAGAGAGACCUGGUAUAAUGAAAGCACAGACUGUGCAGGACACUAGAAAAAUCCACCAAGUAUUGAAUCUUCAAACCAGAAACACUUUCAAGGCUCGAAAUCUGUCGUGUUUUUGCAUAAAGUGUGAAGCUGGCAACCCUGAUUGUUUGAAUUCAAAGUAUGUGAACUCGUAUAAAGAGACGACCCUCGUAGAACAAACAAAGUCAAGUAAAACUCAAGCAGGUGAUGAAUCAAAGAAGUCCACAUCAGAGAAACCAAAGGCAGGUAAAACAAGACAAUCAGAAGAAAACCCAAAGCAAGGUAAAACAGUGAAACAAUCAGAAGAAAAACCACAGACAGGUAAAACAAGACAAUCAGAAGAAAAACCAAAGAAAGGUGAAACAGUGAAACAAUCAGAAGAAAAACCACAGACAGGUAAAACAAGACAAUCAGAAGAAAAACCAAAGAAAGGUAAAACAGUGAAACAAUCAGACGAAAAACCACAGACAGGUAAAACAAGAGGACGAUCAGAAACAUCAAAUGCAGAAAAUGAACGUCAGCAGUAUUUCAGUUCAUUAUUAACCAUAAUGGAACUAUCAGGAUCAGAAGGAUUUGCAAAACUGAAAGAAGUAAGCUCAGCCCUUCAUACUGAAACAAGAUAUGUUUGUAAAACAUGUUUGCCCCCUAUCGGCAGCCAAUUAGUCAUGUGAUCAGGUUAUUAUGCAUGACUUCUGACCCAGUGAACAAACAAUUAAUAAGGGUUAUCUAGUAUCUACUGGUCAUGACUAGUCACAAGGUAAUACUUAUUAUGACCCCAUAGGUUGUGUGCAGCAAUUUAAGUUAUUUCAAAUCUUACCAAAUAAUAUAUGCAUAAAUUUUAUGAAUCAUGACAGCCAAGUUGUUAUAUUACAUAAGACCUUCAAAUGUGUAUACCAAAAGCAUUUUAGUUUAAUAUAAAAAUAUCAACCAAGACAACUUGAGUUGUUGAGUUAUUGGUCAGAAACCGUCAUUAAGUACAAGGUCAAUGUGACCUUGACCUUGGAACCCUUGACCCCAAAAUCAAUAGGGGUCAUCUGCUGGCAAUGACCAA